AUGUGGCCCCCAGUGAUUGUAAUCACAACUCUGGGAUUAGUAUCCGGUCAAGCCUUCCUCGAGCAAAAUGUUGAAGAAAACCUUCUAACGGUUGUCCCCUGUGUGAAGCGACUAUGUGAAAAGUACUUCAAAUCGGAACGCGCCAUGAAAGGGUCGCUUGCAAUAAUCAACAUCAAACCGGACACUUCCAUGUUCCAGUUGAAUAUUCUGAAAUCGUUUAGCGAAGAUCCGCGGCAUGAGAUGGGCGUUAUGGUAAAAGACGGCCGUAAGAAGCACCAUAACGCUUCGCAUGUGACAGAGAAGGCCAAAAAUUACUUGCUGAUGGUGAGUGACUCAUCCGAGUUGGAUCCUCCUAUCGAUCAGCUGAGGAAGUUGCCCACAUGGAAUCCAUUGGCCCAAGUGGUCAUCUUGUUCACCUCUGAGAUGACUCCCCUGAUAUUCGAGAUCGAAGUCCGAAAUGCUCUGCAAAAGCUGUUCGAGAACUCGGUGCUGAAUGUCAACGUAAUGGCACAGAGAUAUGGAACGAGUGUGUUAGAAGUGUGGACUUGGUUUCCGUACGAGAACGGAGGCUGUGCUGACGAUAUUGUUAACAUUCGGUUGAUCGACGAGUGCGAGUACGCUGAAAUACCCGUUGAACGGAUACAACAAGCGGAAAAUUCUGGAUUUGUAGAAUCGAAUGGGGAAUACUUUAACGAAACUUUUACCAACAGUUCUUUGGAAAUACAGAGUGACGGAAAUUACGACCAAGAGUUUGCUCAGGAAACCGUAUGGAUGUUCCGCGAAAAGCAUUUCUUCUCGGACUAUGGUCCUAAAAUUCCGAAAGACUACAAUUACUGUCCGCUGAAGGUUUCCACUCCCAUUUGGGAACCAUUCGUAGUCGGCAAUGAAACGUACGUCGAGAAGGGUUUGGAAGUGCUGAUGAUAGAGGCGGUCACUAACCGAAUGAAACUCACACCAGUUUAUAAGGUUAUUGAACCGGAGAGAGCUACGGCACGCAUCACGGCUGAUAACAUUACCGGAUUCUACGCCGAUUUGAUCAAAAGGCGAACGGACGUCAUGAUUGGGGGCCUGUACGAGAACCCCAUCAGCCGGAAGCUUCUUUCGUCAUCGAUCCCAUACUAUCAGGAUGAUCUGACAUGGUGCGUGGCUACAGCUCGACAUGCACCCAAGUGGCUCAAUGUAUUUAUCAUUUUCAAUCUGUGGACCUGGCUGAUAGCUAUCUUUAUCAUUUUCUUCGCUGCGGGUAUCAUCUACUGUUUCAAUCACAUAGAUCAUACCUACCCGGAGAACUACACGUGGAUGGCACUGCAAUCGUUAGCUUUAUCCUUGAGCGUAUACGCACACUACUGGCCAAAACGGUUCUCAACAAGGUUUUUCCUAAUAGGAUACAUGAUCUACGGGAUCCACUGGAGUGCGGCCUACCACAGUUUUCUAAUAUCGGUGCUCACACGGCCGCGUUUCGAGACUCAGGUCAGUACAGUGGAGGCAGCGAUCAAGCAGAACUUCCAAUUCGUCGGAGCGGAGAAUAGUUUGGUUUUCUUCGAUAGACCGGAUUGGGUAUCUGAGCACAUCACAAGCAUUUAUAAAACUUGCCCCAACAUGGACGACUGCUUGGCGCGUUUGCACUCGGAACAGACAAUUGCAGUGGCCGUCUCGAGAGCUCAUUCACACAACAGCAAAAGCAUUGGCGAGGUGGAGAUCUUCUGUUUUCCGAGGACCGACAAUAUUCAAACGUAUUCGGUGGGAAUGAUGGUUAAGAAGGACUUCCAUCUACUGCCGAAGAUCAACGAACUGAUCAGGCGUAUCAGUGAGUCUGGGUUGCUCGGUAAAUGGCAAGUGGAAAGUGACAAAAUCCGAAUUGAUGAGGCUUUGGACGACGGUGACAGCGGCAGCGAUGGCGGCGGUGGCAGUGGGGGUCAUGGUGAUGGUCAAAUUGUGCUGAAGUUGGAACAUAUUGAAGGAGCAUUUAUCUUAGGAGUAGUCGGGUUGGGUUUGGCUACGAUUGCUUUUAUUGGAGAAGUGGUUUAUUUUAAACUACAGCAAAAGUACAAAUGGGAUGAUGCUACUUUCAGUAAAUUGAUAUGCUAA